UCGUCCGCUGCCGCUGUCAAAAUCCAGCCCCGCAAAAAGUGCAUCCUUUCCACGCGCUUGUGGCGGUUUGGCUGUUUACACCGGAGUCCAUCAGCCCUCGCGUCGUCUGCACACCAAAAGGGCAAGGAUGAUCACCUCGCGCAACAGCUCUUCGACUUCAUGAGACAGUGGCCAUUUCUGAAAAUGCUGCAACAUGGCUACAACACCCUCAUAUGGCGACCGCCCGGCCCUUCAAGGAUAUCGCAGAUCCUUCACUGUACCGGCACGCGCAUUGUCCAGUAUUGAAAGAGCAGGUCUCGACAAGUCCGAUGCCGAUGCCAACGUCCUGUUCUCCCAUCCUUCCGCGCGAAUCGUCUCUUUCUCCCCACCGACGGAAUCGUUACCGUCGCAAAGCAAAGAGACUUUAGCUGACACCGACUAUCCGGUUGAUGCAAUAGAGACCUUGCCAUGGCGGUCGCGGACGGAGACGCUGGCUUCCACGGGCGCAAUAGCUAUCGAGAAGGUACGCGGAUCCAGCAAUUUUCUCAAAUCAGCCGAUCAGAAAAUCAUCUAUCCGAUCAUGCGCAACUCGCAAUGCUGGUGUGUGGACGGUGAAUCCAAGUUCGUCCUGCGCAUUGGGAAGUUUCGGUACUACAGGAUAGAGCUUCCUUCCGAGACAGAACAAGAUAAAGAGAGGGCGGAGGAAUUGAAGGCGGUCCUCAGGGGAAUACUCCGCUUCGAGAGGACUCCCUGUCCUUUUAAGAGAGCAUUUCACGUCGACCUACCAAACGACGCUAUCACUCCUCGACGAAAAGGACCUUGGAAAAGAAGAGAGUUACCGUCACCAACAACACCCAAUACCGAUCCGUUGCCACUGCGCAGGACCAAGAAUACCCGUGCGUGGAGUUUGCAGGGUCAAACAACACCUAUACAAACUUAUGGCCGUCGUGGAUCAGAUUAUGGGUUUCCUUCGUCCCGUAGCUCUUCCCCGAUGCCACCGCCAGACCACGAUGACUAUCGCCCGGAUACACCAUCAAGCCUCACGUCAAGCGAGCUUGCCGGCGAGCAAGAUCGCGAGAAUGGGUCCACACAAGGUCCGGGAGAGCAUGAGGAUGGUGAGAUGGCGAAGGUCGACGACCAUGGUUAUAUCUCGAAUUCUACGCCGUCUGUAUCCUCGACUUCGCCUGACAUGCAUGUUGAGCUGCCACAGGAUUCCUCCGACGAAAAGCACGACAAGGUAGAAGAUCAGCAAGACAUGGCUCCAGAAGCGCAGAGCCAAGUGCCGCUUGAAGAACCUACUCCCUUUGAAGACCCCACAAGCACAGCACAUGCUUCACUUGCACAGAAUCAGGAAGAGUCCCCGCCUCUGCUUACAAGUGAAGAGCCAUUAAAGGCAUUGAAUGUCUGCACAUCCGAAGACGCUGCUCCUGACACAGAGGUUGUCCCAGCAGUGCCGACACCUGUAGCUCCGACAGAAGACAUCGAGCAGGAAGAUGCUACUGCACAACUUGCGGACAUUGACAUACCUGCGCUCGAGGCAGUACAUGGUGAUAGUAUUCACAUCCAGGCAACCACAGCGGAGGAUCCCACGGACUCGCCGCAACCUACGCCGGAAGAGCAUAAAGAGGCUACUCGGGAAGAGCUUGUGCCUCCGGGUGUACAGGAUUCUGGGCUUGAGCAGCCUCUCAGUGAUCUCACCCAAGACACCAUGUCGAAAGUACCAGAAAUGACAGAGGCAGUGACUACAGCCGACGUCCAAGCGCAAGAUGAUGACGCUCUGAGCAGGGUGUCAAGUGUGGACUCGUUUCAUACUACAAGCUCUCUGGUCGAGAUCUUCCCUCAAGCCGAGAAGUUCGACCCUUUCUCCGUACCGUUCCACCAGCAUCGAAGAGAGUUGUCAGAACUCACAGUGACCGCUUCUACCGUCGAUUCCAGUCCAGAGAUGAACAACCUACUGCAACCGUCGCAAAAUGAAUCUCCGGACAGGUUGUCUACUCCCGGGCUCGAUCACACACCCAGAUCCGACAGAUCUUGGCCUGAAGUUGUCACGCCAUCACCGAUGGUGCAAGACCUCAGACAGCGCUUGAGAAAGAAGCGAUCACUUUCUCCUCUGCCACCGGCUACAACAGUUGUUUUGCCUCCCUCGUCACCGUCACAAGGCAAUCAUUUUACAGCGGCCAUUUUGCAGAAGGCUUGUAAUGUCGCUUUGGUCAAGCCAAUCGAGGCCGUGGUGCUUCUAGUCCACAUCCUCGCGCGCAUAGCUGGCGGCGCUACUGUCAACGAUUUGCUUAGCGGUGAUCUGUUCAAGCGGCCGGACAGACACCGUCGCGGGUCGAGUUUCCCGGACCACAUCAGCUCUCCACAACAUGAUUCUGAUGAUGAGGACGACUUUGGCAUGCCCAGACAUCAUGGACGGGCGAAGAGUGAGAGUCUAAGGCCGGCGGCACCUAUGACUAGAAGCGAUGAGGCUGAUUCUAUGUUUGAUCUGGAUUGAAUGUUUUGAGCAUUCACCAUUUCAUGCGCAUCAAGGAGAGUUGUGGUCCAACUUUUUCGAAUUUCAGCGUGGCGUCUGCGAAAUGACAGCAUUUGGCUUUAUAUAAUGGCUGCCGGAACAGCAGGGAUGCAAGGGCUUCACUUCUUGGUCAUUGACACCAGCUAUGAUGGCAUAAUGAGGCCAUAGGAACCCAGAUGGGCAUGACAUAUGACUGCUUCGAUUGUAAGCAUCUUCUUGAUUCGUUUCCACACCGUCUUUCCGACUGCCAUCAGCUUUUAGUACUUUCUGUCAGUACUUCAUUCCCUUUUUCUCUG